CGUAAUGGCCGUAAUGGCCGUAAUGGCCGUAAUGGCCGUAAUGGCCGUAAUGGCCGUAAUGGCCGUAAUGGCCGUAAUGGCCGUAAUGGCCGUAAUGGCCGUAAUGGCCGUAAUGGCCGUAAUGGCCGUAUAAGAAGUUCUAUCCUUAUCUCCACGCUGGUAAAUUCUGAAAUUGCGUUAUAUGGAAUCGGCGGAAAUUGCCAAAGCUCAUAA